CAUUCACACAGACAAACCCACAAGUGCAUCCGUCAUCCAAUCACACGAUAAAGCGCCGCACACAGUCAAACCUCAUCUGUGCAGAUGCAUAUGCAUCAGAGUCUCUCCCCUCUGUACAGCCCAUGCUCCCGUAUGUACUCCAGCACACACAGCGGUGUCAGCCCUUCACACAGCCUCUCACGCCCCAUUGGCCGCCCCAGCCGCGCACGCAGCGCCGUGGACGAUAUGUCGGUGACGAACAGAUCCAGCUCGCCGGCCUUGGCGUCGUCCUCCAGACACCUGUAGGUGAUGCCCGGCGGCCAUCUGGGGUCGGCUGGGGUCGUCUCGGCGCCCUGACGUGGCACCACCAGGAAGCGGCACUCCUUCAUCAGAAGAGGGCCGUGCUGCCUGCAUGCAGAGACAGACAAGGGAGGGGGUGAAAGGGAGGGAAUGUGUGUGUUCUGUGUGCGGUGUGGGUACCAUUUUUGGAGUGUGGUGACGAGGUCGCUGCCGAUGAUGAGCCAGAAGUCGAUUGAGGGGUGCUCGCUGGCGUAGCGCUUCAUCAGCUCAUACGAGGGGAUGAACUGCCCGUGAUCCACCUCGGUAGACAUCACCUGCACAGACACACAACGCCACACCGAUACACACCAGCGGCAUCCAUCUGUGUCUGCAGGAAUCUCUGGUCAUUACCUUGAUGGGGAAGUCGUGUGAGAACGAUGCCUCGACGGCCCUGCGGCACAUCUCGAGCCGAUGGCGCGCUGCCCCUGUGGUCUUCUUGUCGGGCCGGUUGCCGCAGGGCACUAUCCACACCUCAUCCACACUACCGCAGUGAAGAACCUGCGCGGCCGUCUGCAACGCACACACGUAUGCGGGGGCAUCCAUCCUUUGUGUGAAUGGAUGGUGGGGUGCGAACCAUAAUGUGGCCGACGGUGAUUGGAUCAAAGCUGCCGCCGAAGACUCCUACCCUGCAAACACACACACAGGGCGCCGCUGUGUGCACAGCUCAACUAUCAACGGCAAGAGAUCUUUGUACCUUUUCUUGCUGUUCGCAUUCAUCACGGGAACGCACACGCGUCGCAGCGCCAGAUCUCUUCCUAGCACCCCAACUCUCUCGCUCUCGUGGGGUUUUCCUA